GAUUUUUCCCCCUGAAAUGAUAAAUACACUGAUGCUCAUAUCAAACGUCAUGUUUAAUAUUUUAAAUAUGUGCUGGGCGACGUCCCGAUAUUUCAGAAAGAUUAGUCAUUUGAACCAGAUGAGGUAUGUUACUCAGCUGUGUUUGCAGAGAUAGUGAGAUAUGACGCUUACCAAACAGUGAUUCAAUGGGAAAGUUUUUGACCCACCUCGACCUAUUUUCUCAUUUAAAAACAAAGCCCCGCCUUUGUUGUUUUGUUGGUAACCAUGUAGAAAAGACAGAUUUCACUGCAUGUUUAAAAUAAAAAGAAAUAAACAGAGGAGUAGAAUGGCAGUUUGCUGAGCAGUACGAGACAUUACCCAUCAUGCUCUGCUGCCUGAGAAAGCCAGCUAUUUCAUUCACAUUCACAUCCCCACAAAAGAAAAAUAUUUCUUUGUGUUUCUGCUGGGAAUCAUUACUUUUAUGCAAAAAAAAUAACGUGGAGCUUCCUUUUCUUUAAAUAUGCCAGGUAGUUUAGAAUCUGCUUCUCAGUGACGGUGUGGAGUUUAAUUGACUUCCGCACCAGAGACUGGCCGUCGUGUGUGUGGGUUCUCCGUGGCGCAUUGGCAGCGCUGACCCAGUGGUCCGUCUGGAUGCGGCAGAGCCACAGCAUGGGGCGGCCGGGCGGGCGGUGCAGAAUGACCACGUUUUCCGCAGUGCUCCCCGCAUGGGCCUGGCUCGCGUGGCGUGUUUGGAGCUCGUUCCGUUUCACUGCGCCCUGUUUACAGCCGUGCCUUCGGGGGGCGGCCGCACAUGUGCUAGUGUUUCUCCUGUGCCCGGGUAUGAAAGGAAACGACCGCUUUUGUGUGUUUUCCUGAGACAAUUAGUCUCCUUGACGGCCUGUGUGCUUAACAGCAGAGUGCUUCAGGGCAUGCUGAUUGCAGACAGAGAUGAGACAAGGACCGACACACACACUCUCACACACACACGAGUGCACUUAGGCUGUCGUGAUAAGCGCCCAUCCCAGGUUACUUCAAAAUAAUAUUUGGCAUCACGUUGUGGGGGGGUGGUGUGUGGUUCAGCAAGUGAAAUGAUGCUUUAUUUGCCGUUUGUACAGGUACAUUAAAAAUCUUGCUCUCCUUUGAGAUACACACACAUAUAGGUUUGUAAUUAUAUCUUUGUGGAGAGUCUCCAUUCACUUAUAUGGGGAAAACUCUAAUCCCAAUAUGACGACCUUAACACCUACCCAGCAUAACCUUAUCCAUAAAUAAGCUUGAGUUCCCGUUACAAGGUUGUCCAUUUGUCUGGUGACUAUGAAGCAUUUCAUGGGUUAAGGGCCUUGCUCCAGGGCCCAAUGGAGAUGUAGCCGAUCUGCUGAGACUCACACCAGCGACCUUCUGGACAAAAGCCCAACCUACUAAUCCAUGUCCCCUGGUAGUUUGGGUGGUGCUUCAGCCUCCUCUCCCGGCAUGACAGCGACAGGCUUCCCCGGAUUGACCCCAGGCUCUCGGUUCACCUCGCACUUCACACCCUUCCGCCAGCACCUACCCCGCUUCGGCUUCUGCUCCAAGAAGAAGAGUGAGGCCGCGAUCCAGGGCCGCCUGCGGAUAAAGUCUCUGCCGGGGGCCUUCCUCAUCCUGGGUGUGCUGGUGGUGCUGGUGGGCACUGCGGUGGCAGUGGCGGGCUACUUGCCCCGGGCUCACAGGGCCGCCACGCAGGGACAGAAGGCCAUGAACGGGUCGCGGCUGGUGCUGGGGCGGGCCGCGGGAGCCCGGUCCGUGCCCUCGGCUGCCGGGCUGAUCCACAGCGACCGCAUGAAGCUGCUGGGGCCCAUUGUUAUGGGGGUGGGCCUCUUCAUCUUCAUCUGUGCCAACACCAUGCUGUACGAGAACCGCGACCGCGAGACCCAGCUGCUGCUCGCCCAGGCUGCCAUGAAAGCUGCUGUCCCCGUCGACGGUGUCCUGCCUGCCCUGGAUGGGCCUCUUCCCCUUCCCCCCCAGUGGCCCGUCAGCUUGACGGCCACAGAGCUCAACAUCUGUUGCUUGGAUGACCUCGCCGACUCGGAAUCCUUGCUGCUACAGGUGGGGGCCGGGGGCAGUCACUGGGCCUCUGGAGUGCCACCCUCGUCCACCCUCCUGACGGAGGCUCUGCACCAUCAGGGCGCGUCCUCACCUCCCAUUUCACUGCGCACUAUCCACUCAGACUCCUGCAACUCCAGCGUCAUCAGUGUGAACAUCCCCGGGGCUUCUGCCCCUGCCUCACCCCAGUCAGUAUCCAGCACGGGAGCCGUGGCCCCACCCCUCAUUAAACUCAAUAACUACCCAGUGAACCCCCCUCCGGGCAUGUCUAGGGAUGACGACUGGGGUGCACCCACGUUGCCUCGCCGUGCCUACAGCCUCAGCUGCAGGACUAACCCCCGGGAGCACCAGCCUUCCGCAAGCCGUAUGGGAGCACUGCACGCUCCUAUGACCCCAGCCGAGUCAUUCCGCAAGGAAUUCAGCUCGGACAUGUGCCUGAGCAUGGCUGCCCUCGACCCUAAGGGGACAGAGGAGCAGAAACACCGCAGCUGGCCGCGACUGGACCUCAGCAUGACCAGGAGGUACCAGAAACUGGAGAACGCUAAGGACUCUGGGGACAAGCUGGAGCAAGCAUCUUAAGGCAGCUUGUGAUAUUGUGGCUAUAUGGUGGGGGAACCGUGCACCAAAGGGCUUACUCACCAUCGUGGACAGAAGGGCCCUCAGUUCAGCGUUACUGUGGGAUAUACAAAUGUUCUGGAGAUCUUUUUAAGAGUGUAAACCACAGGCAGCAUGAAGCGUGCUCCUUGGAAGUGGACAUGGCAAAGUGUACAGUCACCGCAUGGCAUUUUCCAGGAGACCGCUCUGGUUUUGUGUUUGGAGUUUCUGCCAUUAGUGGGAUUGCAUUUUAAGCACAUCUCGGAGGAAGGAGAAGAGACUCUGGCGGGAGUGAUGCAUUUGGAGGCCUUUCGGAAAGUCUGCUGGAUUUUAUGAAUCAUCGCGCGGAACCUGAGACUUUAACGUUUCUGUUCUUGCCACAGAGCAUCGGUAUAACAGAUCAGGAGAGGAGUUUUCGUGCUGUAUUUUAGCUAUGAAUGGAGUGUGGCAUCUCCGUUAGCCAGCUAGCUGGCGGCAUGCACAGAGACGUACUGAUAGCCAUCGAUUGUUCCCCCAUAGUUAUUUGUCUUCCGAAUGCACGCUGUCCCCAGUCGCUCUGGCUGUCUGUCCCCACAGCGUAAUCCAGUCCCGUGAUGGAAGAAGCAAACAAUGGCCGUGGCUAUUUUUUAGGAUCGUUUAAAAAAGGACAGAUCUUCAUAAUGUUGACCGGGAAGUCUGUUCGGGCUACCGAUUAAUAUGCAGAGUUUUGGCUCAUGGAUCUGUUAGCCAGACUAGUACUGGGUUCUGUUCUGUGUUAAGAAGCAAUGAGCAGUAUGUUGUUCGGUUUGAUUUGAGCACCACAAACUAUGUUGGAUCACUUAGAAGUGGAGAAAUACCUGUGUGAUGUUACUAUCAAUAAAGGCAGGAUGAGA